CUUGUGACUGCCAUCCGAUUGGAGCAUCUGGUAAAACAUGCAACCAGCAAACCGGUCAAUGUCCCUGCAAAGACGGCGUGGUCGGCAUCACCUGCAACCGAUGCGCCAAGGGAUAUCAACAGAGCAGAUCGCAUAUCGCUCCAUGCAUCAAAAUCCCAAUCGUGCAGAUGAUGGCGACAGAAGAAGAUGACGACGGGUACGGCGACGAGUCGGACUCGCCCUCGCCAGGAG